UAGCACCUGUUGUGCCGUCAGUUGGCAGUCUCCAAAAACCCAACCCUCGCAGCGCAGCGAUAUUUUAUCUCAGUCUCCACCAAGUUAUGACUCGAGACCUCGCCAGACAACAGAACUCGUCUCGGUGUUGCGAAUGUUUUCUGGGUACAGACUGUAUCAGGUUGCUGGACUCUCUCGCUGCCUCUGUGUGUGAGCUUUUGCUGUAAUGCGUAAAGAUCUGUGGGGAUUUAUUCAGACUGAGUCGAGAACGCACCGUGGACGCGCGCUUUAACCAAAAUGCAUCUGUGCCUCUCUAAUGACCUCGUUCCAUAGAUGAUAUGCCAGUAAAAGGACGCUUUUACAACUAAUCCCAGGAUUAUAAUUACUGAAAGCCAAACUUUGUCCAACUCAGUAUCCAACUUUCCACAGAACCAACAGGUGCGCACUUGCAUUGCGCAGAAGCGGCCACUCUGGAGGCUUUGGAGUCGGAUUUGUAUUGAUUUAGGGAGAUAUAAAUUUCACUUUUUUUUCCAGACGGACUGAUGAUUAAGAUUAUGUGGAUUCUACUCUGCGUGUACCCUCUCCAAAUGUGUCCAAAACAGCACCGCUGUCCUGUAAACGACGCAUGUGUGUGGUGAUACAAACCAUCCCGUCAACAGCGUUUUGAGAUCGCCAACCACCACUCAUCCAAAUGAUCCUUCCAUUAUUAUUCCUUCUUGCACCGCUUCUCCAACAGUAUGGCUCGGAAGCUGAAUCAAGUCACGUCAGCAAAUUUCACCCUCCAGGUGUAAAGGAGCAAAACGGAGUGCAAGAUUCCCAUCAGGAGAAGAUCAUAACAGUGUCUGGAGAGGGAAUGGUUCACAGCCCAGACUUUCCACACACUUAUCCCAGGAGUACUGUCUUGGUCUGGAGACUAGUGGCAACCAGUAACAUGAGGAUCCAGCUCACCUUUGAUGAGAGGUUUGGUCUGGAAGACCCCGAAGAUGGCAUAUGCAAGUACGACUUUGUGGAAAUAGAGGAUCCAACUGAGAAAACAGUCCUUGGUCGUUGGUGUGGGUCACAGUCGGUACCAGCUAGUCACACUUCUAAAGGCAGUCAGAUCAGGAUCCGCUUCAUCUCUGAUGAGUACUUCCCUUUGGAGCCGGGAUUCUGCAUCCGCUACUCCCUCGUUCCUGUGAGUGUAUCAGAACCAGAGGUCCCUGCUGUUCUCCCUCCAACCCUGCAGGGUAUUGAGGAGUUGUCAGAGGCUGUGGCAGGGUUGAACACCAUGGAGGAGGUCAUGAAGUACCUGGAGCCGGAGCGAUGGCAGGUGGAUAUGGAAGAGUUGUACAAACCUACGUGGCAUGUGCUGGGGAAAUCCUUCAUCCAUAAUAAGAAAGCCAGAGGAGGAACUGAUCUUAAUAUGUUGAGGGAGGAAGUUCGGCUGUACAGCUGCACUCCACGCAACUUCUCCGUAUCCUUGCGGGAGGAGCUAAAGAAGACAGAUGCCAUUUUCUGGCCAAGCUGCCUCUUGGUGAAACGCUGUGGUGGAAACUGUGCCUGCUGCUCUCACCGCUGCUAUGACUGCCAAUGCAUUCCCACCAGGGUCACAAAGAAAUAUCAUGAGGUUCUACUGUUGAAGCACCGAAGCGGUGGCAGAGGUCUGCAGAAAUCCAUGACUGAUGUGCCCUUAGAGCACCAUGAGGAGUGUGCUUGCGAGUGUAAAGAUGACUGGGACUGACCUUGGACAUGUGUAAUAGCUGCCACUGGAGUCAUGCAGGAUGUUUGAAAUGUUUUGUAUCUCAUCCACUUCCACUGGAAUCUAACAAGAUUCUCCCUUUAUCCUGUUGUCCUUUCGUUAAUUGGAUUAAGCAGAACAGACUGGAAUUUAAUAAAUCUCCGGAAUGGAUUUGACCGUUGUGGAAUACCAAUAGUGUGCUCUAAGUGCAUUUUAGAGAGACAAAAAGACACUGGAGCAGAUCUGGACUAUAACCUAUGCGCUCUGAAGACUAUAUUCUUCUGCUCCUCAGAGAUAAGAACAUUGAGGUAUUUUUGCCUCUUCUUCUUGAGGUCUUUGUUAAAGUUCAGCCAGUGUGGGCUGAUACUCUCAUGGAAAAUGGGAGCUUCUUUGUUCAAGUACUUUUUAUGUCUAUAAGUGAGUUGGCUUCAGCUGCCUUACUCCCUCUGCCCCUCUAUUAUUACCAUCAAAGCAAAGAAAGUUGUUUUUUCAUGAGCAGUUUUUCUUUCCUACCCUAUUGUUUUUACACAGGUUUAAUCUGUGGUGAAACACAGCCGCAGCUGAAUGCCUUGCUAAUAAGACUGUAUCAUGUGUAAAUAUGACAUUUAAAUUUUUUUCUGUACCAUCAUGCCUUUUCUACCAAAGAUUCUCAAGGAGGGGAUAAAAGUUGCACAUGUAGAAUCAGUUGGGUAUUGUUCAUUACAACUCUUCAUUUAUCCCAUCUCAGCAAUGUCAAAUCUGCUUGCUUCAGGAAUGCCUACCGUCAAGCAAAUCUUGCUACAUUUGAGAUUGUGAGAUAUUAAAUAUUUAUUUGUUUAAUGAAAGGGAAAUUUAGGUCCAAAAUGUCUUGUUUGCUUCAUAUGUUAGUGUACAGUAGGAUUAGCUGCCAAUUGUCAUUGUUAGUCAUUUUACAUUGCCAUUGUGUCAUGGAUGUUUUUCAUUUCCUGUAUGCCAAAGUUAUUUAUCUCUACUUUUGCAAUAAUUGUUUGUGUAUUUCAUCAAAAAUAAAUUCUUCCAUUUUUAA